CGCUGAAAAACGAGCCGCAAUUCUACUCCCGUUGAGCAGGUAUGGCGGAGAUCAGGAAACGGAAUAAAGGCAUUGAGGCAGAGGGCUCUGCCGCAAAAGAGCAAGAGAGUCCAGUAGAGCGACCUCCUGCCCCCCGUCCUGAAAGGAGACAGCGGGAGCCGGUACCCCAACGACUGGACGGUAUUGUCCUGGACCCGUAUGUUUUCUUUGCUGUAAAGGUCCUGGCUGUCGCAGUGGUGGGUUUACUCCUGUGGGUGAUUUUCUACGGUAACCAGGGUCUAGGCGGUAAACCAUUCCCGGAGCCCGCCACAGUAGGAUCUCCACUUCUAGAUUCUUCAGCUUUAGAGGUCGUAGCAGACCUACCGAGCCCACCAGGUAGUGUUGCAGUGGCACAUGAUGGGCGGAUUUUUUUCUCGUUUCAUCCACAGCACGGACAUGACACCAAGCUUGCAUAUUGGGAUCCUGCAAAUAAAACCUAUACACCUUUUCCAACCAUCCGCAAUCAGCUUGGGUUCAAUGCAAUCACCGCUGUCGUGAUCCACAAUAGAACGCUCUUUGUACUUGAUCACGGGUUGUAUGGUGCGGUGGCCCCAAUGCUUGUCUGGUGGGAUUUGACCACUAACAAGGAGAAAAUGCGGUACAUGCUGGCUGACUUGGCAGGCUAUGGCUCUACCCUGUCUUCCCUUUCUGUGCAUCCGGAUGGCCGAAGAGUAUUCAUCACCGACAGUUCUAUGCUUCGCGGUUUUCCAUCUAUCAUCGAGGUGGACACAUUCCAAUUGACCGCUGCAAUUGUCCUGUCUUCAAAAAAGCUGCGUGCAGAACCGUACUUGUUCACAACCGAUGUGGACACUAAGGGGCCGCGUCCCCUUAAAUGGUCAUAUUUCAAUCUCCUUCCAUGGCGGCCAGCUGUGUCCUCCAUCAUUGUAGAUAGGAGUGGGGAAUGGGUCUAUUUUGCAGCCACGGCAUCAAACGUCCUAUACCGCGUUCCUACAGCAGCGCUACAGAAGGCAUUUGACGCCAAAGACCCUACGUUAGCCAAUAAACUUGUCGAGAUCUCAUCAACACACAAGCCAGCAUCUACUGGUAUGCUCACUGGGAAGAAUGGUGAUAUCUUGUUAUCCGACUUCCAGACCUCUUCUAUUCGUGCGUUCGAUCCCACCGCCCCGGCCAGUCACAUGAAACAAAUUGUUCGUGAUCCCACUCUUCUGAGGUGGCCAGAGCAGAUGUCUAUCGGGCCCGACGGGUAUCUGUACAUUGCAAAUAGUGCCUUGCACUUACCGUUGACCGGCCGCAAGGCAUCGAGUGGCCAAAUUCUCAAGAUAAAGAUUUGAGUAGACUUCAUUUCGUCAUGGAACGCAGCAUCAGAUUAGACAUGCACAGUAUGAGUGUAGCAUAGAUAGGACACUCAUAGUAUGAGAAUGAUAUGCGUUGUUUUUGGCACCAAAUCACAAAUUGCCCUACUUUUUGAGUACUCGUGUCCAAAGCCCGAGAGCUCACAAUCUUUCAAAAGGAAAAAAC